GUGCAUUCGUUCGCCGGUUCGCGCAGUUGCCUGUGCGGCGUGAACUCUUAUAAUUUUUUUUUUAUAAUAUAAAAUAGUUCCUUUCUAAAUUAAAAGUGAAUAUAAAUUUCGCGUGUAAUGAGUCUAAACUAGUGCUUCAUUUCAAAUUAAUCUAGUGCAACAUUUUUUAAAAAUUACUAUCUCUCUUUCUAAGAAAAGAAAAAACCAGGUGAAUUUGUAAAAAUAUAAAAACAAGAAGUCAAAAUGGGUGAAGAAAAAUAUAAAGAUAAAGCUCCUACGGAGAUGGAUACGUUCCUUCCCCAGGAUGGAAAGAAAGAAGAAGUUUUACCAAACAAAUACAAGGUUCAAGUAUUUACACGGGAUAUGGAAAAUGGAUACGACGGAAAGGCAUUUGAUCCCUUUCUAGAGCGCAAAGUAGAUAAUCCAACGACGGAUUGUGAUACACUUACUCAUCUGUUGAAAGCAUCUCUAGGAACUGGAAUUCUCUCAAUGCCUGUUGCAUUCAAAAGCGCUGGACUUGCGCUCGGAAUUUUCUUUACGAUAGUCGUAGCUUUCGUUUGCACACAUUGUGCUUAUGUCCUUGUAAAAUGUGCUCACGUUUUGUAUCACAGAACAAAAAGAACGCAAAUGAGUUUUGGAGAUGUGGCGGAAGUUGCCUUUGCAAGUGGGCCCAAAUGGGGUAGAAAAUUCUCGAAAUUCUCUAGGUAUCUCAUUGAAAUAAGUUUGUUUUUAACCUACUUUGGUACCUGCAGUGUGUACGCGGUAAUUGUUGCAAGAAACUUUGAGCAAGUUAUCGAACAUCAUACGGGAGUGGAUUACAAUGAGAGAUUUAUUAUUGCCCUCUUAUUGGUGCCUUUGAUACUUUUGAGUUGGGUGCCCGAUUUAAAAUAUCUCGCACCAGUCUCAAUGGUAGCGAAUGUUUUUAUGGGAACUGGUUUGGGAAUUACAUUUUAUUAUCUAGUAAUGAAUCUUCAUCCAGUUAAUGAAAUUCCUCUAGUGGCACCACUUUCCGGCUUUCCAAAUUUCUUCAGUAUAACCAUUUUUGCCAUGGAAGCUAUCGGUGUGGUAAUGCCUCUUGAAAAUAGUAUGAAAACUCCUCAGCAUUUUACGGGCAUUUGUGGAGUUCUCAAUAGAGGAAUGGGUGGCGUCACAAUGAUUUACAUUCUUCUUGGUUUUCUCGGAUAUUGUGCGUAUCCAGAUCAUACUGAGGAUUCUAUUACCUUGAAUCUUCCAGUUCAUGAAAUACCCGCACAGGCUGUUAAAAUACUCGUUGGUGCCGCUGUCUUUUGUACAUUCGGUCUUCAAUUUUACGUCUGUUUAGAUAUUGGAUGGAAUGCAAUUAAGGGCAAAUGUGAAAAGAGACCUUUGCUUGCUAAUUACAUAAUGAGAACAGUCCUUGUCACUGGAUCGGUUCUAUUGGCAGUGGCCGUGCCGACAAUUGCACCUUUCAUCGGUCUAUUGGGAGCCUUCUGCUUUUCAAUUCUGGGACUUUUGAUUCCCGUUUUCAUUGAAACUGUCACCUACUGGGACAUUGGAUUCGGACCAGGAAAUUGGGUAGCCAUAAAGAAUAUUGUUAUUUGUAUAAUAGGCGUCUUGGCUCUAGUAUUUGGAUCUCAAAGUGCCUUAGUUGACAUCAUUAAAGUGUACAUGCCUAAAGAUGAUUCCUUCACCUCUGAUGCAGACGAUAAUCCUUUCGCUGCCGAUAAUACUACGACGGUGGCAAAUUUACUUAGUGCCAUUACGAAUGCCACGAUAAAUUUAUAAUUUAGUUUUAUUUUUUUUUCCUUUUGACAAAAACUUGUCUUAUUUCUCAAAUUUUUUCAAGCCACCGACUGACCUCAAGACUAAAAUUUUAUCAGAGAAAAAACUUUUUCUUCAGCCUUUACUCUCUGUAUUUCGAAUAUUUUUUAUACACUCCGGAAAAAGAGGAAAUGAACGAUAACAAAAAAAAAGAGGGAAACAAAAGUGACGAGAAAUUCAGAGAUAGCAUUUCACGUAUAUAACUACUUUUCUAUUUAUAAAUAUCAAAAAGCAAAAUUAUGUACAUUAAUGGAUUUAAAAAGUUAAUUGUGUACAUUACUUAUCAAACAUGAGUGGUAUACAUAAUUGAAUAAU